AGUAGAAGUUAAAGAAAAAGAAAGCCUUGAGAAAAAAAAAAAUAGAAAAUGGUUGCUACGUCUUUGAGUUGCAACGGAAAUAAAAUAAUUCAGACAGAGGCUUUAAAUGAGUGGAUAAGAAAUUUAAAAUCAAAGAAACAAUUUAAGAAAAAGAUCUCACGAGGCCAGGACCUCUUUGCCAUAGCCAUUUUACAAAACUCAUUAUAUAAAAAUCAGAAAAUGCUACAGCAAAGACAAAGAGAGAGAUCUGAAAAAUGGCUUAAAAUGAAGAAAAUGCUUGAAGAAAGCACUAAAAAUUGUGAUAAUUCAGAGUACAUGGCCUCAGUGGAUGAUAAAGACUACCAUCUUGAGAGUAUAGAACGUGAAGAGAGACAGAUGCAAAUUAAAAAAAUCUGGGAAGAAGAUUUAAGUGAUAUUGAGAGCUUUAUGAAUAGUUUAGACACAGUUAAGACAACGCUAGUUAGAUAA